AUGCGUUCGUUACCGAGAACGUCCUGGUCGAGCUUACCGGACGUCGUCGCGUCGUGUGAGAAUACUACGAGUAAUAAUACUAAUCCGACGAUUCAGACGACGACGGGGACUUCUUACAACAACACUAAUAAUAAGAAAUUGAAAGUUUUGUGUCUUCACUCGUUCCGAACGUCCGCGGAUAUCGUGAAGUUACAACUCGCCAUGGGCGGGUGGGAUAAACAUUUACAGGAUUCCGCGGAGUUUAUCGCAAUAAACGGGAUAUUUAAAGCAACGGGAGAACCUCCGGAAGAUGUGAAAUCAGCGUUUCCAAACAUGGGCAGUUUUCAGUGGUACGACGCGGAACGAAACGCGGACACGGGGAAGAUGGAAUACAGAGGGAUCGAAGAGUCCGCGAAAUUCGUGGACGAGAUUGUGCAGCGAGAAGGAAUCGAUGGGUUGUUAGGAUUUAGUCAAGGCGCGACGUUAAUUGGGGAGAUGUUGAAAAGGUCUUCGUCCGAUACCGCAGACGCCCCGGAAGGAGAAGAGGAAGCGAUGCGGAUGAAGAGUUUACGAUUCGCGGUGUUGAUAUCAGGCAUGCCGAGCAGAGCGGACGAGAAAUUGAGGGAACAAAUGCGUGGUAAUAAUAGUAAUAGUAACAGUAUCGAGAAAACAAUAGGUGCGUCUAUCCCGACUUUGCACGUAGUCGGCCAACAAGACCGGGCGAUACCCCCGAUGCUGACAAAGUUAAUGCAUAAAGAGUUUGGCGAGAAGGCGGUGUUAGUCGAACACGAAAAAGGGCACGUGAUACCGAAAGUGUUUCCAUCGAACGAGUUAGGCGAGAAAGUGAAGAAAUUCUUCGACGAACGGUUGAUGGAAAAGAAUAGCAACGCGCGUUUGUAA